CUAGCUUGUGUAAAUUGCGUGGGGACAAAUAUAAACUCUCGAACACGGAGAGUGGGGUUCAGGACAACCUCAUUGCCGCCAGCUGUGAUUCUGAUAGUGUGAAUCAUACUGGAGAAUCGAAGGAACUAGUUCCAAUCAUAUUCAUCCAUCACCAUCAAGAUGGGUUCCUCUACGCCAGUCCAUUUCUUCUCCCACGGCUCAACAAUGAUGCUGGGAGAAGAAUCAGCUUCCGCCACAUAUUGGAAGAAGUGUGGAGAUGAAGCUCUUAAAAAUGACGUGAAGCAUGUCAUCAUAAUGGGCGCUCACUGGGCGGCUCUUGGGGACGAAAUCGAAGUUGCCGCAAAUCCAAAUCCAGCCAAGAGCCCCGUGGCCUAUGUCCAUCCUUCAAAAUACGUCGAUUAUAAGCUCAACCCCGACCUUCCAAUGGCCGAUCGAUGCGUGCAUUUAUUGAGAGCUUCUGGGCUAAAAGCCAAAAAGAACACAACUUUCGACUGGAUUCACGACACUUACCUCAUACUCAUUCGCAUGUUCCCUGACGGGUGCCCGCCAACUACGAUAAUCUCAAUGAAUGCGAGAUAUGAUCCUCAUUACCACGUGAAGGUCGGAGAUGCAUUAUCUUCUCUCCGGAAGGAGAGCGAGAAAGUCCUCUUGAUUGGCACUGGCGGAGCGGUCCACAACCUGUACCGAAACCAGUGGAGCCAAAUGCUACUCUACCGUGACAAUUUCGCGAUGGAACAUCCUCCGGAGGCGGCUCUGAUGGAUUUCAGGCAGGAGUUCGAGGAUGCGAUGACCAAGAACAGUGGCCCGAAUCUGAGGCGGGCAAUCACAAUGUUGAUGAAGAUGCCAAAUUACAGAGACGCACACGCGACAGAUGACCAUUUCAUGGCUGCUUGUUUUGUUGCGGGUGCUGCGGGAAGAAAAGAAGAUGAAGGAAGUAAGGCGGUAUUGGGAGCUGAGGAUUGGGAACUGCAGAAUAUGUGUAACUCGCAAUAUACAAUCGGAAGUUGGGGAAAUGGGAUCACCGUUAUGUAGACACUUUGUACAUUUGUUGAAACAGAAGGCCAUCUGCGAAUUAGUAUUCCGUAAGCAUAGAAUUAUGAGCCCUUUUCAAAUCGCC